UCCGAGAGCCCUGAAAACAAUUUUAAGAUGGCGGCGGCGGCGGCGCGGAAAACAAUGGGGCCGGGGCGGAGGGAAGAGGCCGAGGCCUGAGGUGGGCAGCGAGCGCCGGCCCGACUCGGGCCGAGCGGGGCAAGAAGAAGACUCGCCAACGCGGGCGACCCCGCCCCGCAGUCUGCGGGAGCAUGGCGCGGCCGUGAGGCGGGCCGGGCAGCCGGGGAGAGGGAGCCCUCAGUGCCUGCCGGCCCCGGGCCCGGCCCGUGCCGCCCGCGGCCCAUGGUGCUGCCCACCUGCCCCAUGGCGGAGUUCGCGCUGCCGCGGCACAGCGCCGUCAUGGAGCGCCUCCGCCGGCGCAUCGAGUUGUGCCGGCGCCACCACAGCACCUGCGAGGCCCGCUACGAGGCCGUGUCGCCCGAGCGCCUGGAGCUCGAGCGCCAGCACACCUUCGCCCUGCACCAGCGCUGCAUCCAGGCCAAGGCCAAGCGCGCCGGCAAACACCGGCAGCCGCCCGCCGCCCCGGCCCCGCGCCUCGACGCUGCCGACGGCCCGGAGCACGGCCGCCCGGCCACGCAUCUUCAUGACACAGUGAAAAGGAAUCUUGACAGCACUGCCUCCCCUCAGAAUGGCGAGCAACAGAAUGGCUAUGGAGACCUCUUUCCUGGGCAUAAGAAGACCCGCCGGGAGGCCCUGCUGGGUGUGGCCCUGUCUGCCAACGGGCUGCCUCCAUCCUCACCCCUGGGUCAGCCUGACAAGCCUUCGGCGGGAGAGGCCUUGCAGUCCGGUGGGAAGCACUCCCUGGGGCUAGAGUCCAUCAACAAAAAGUGUCUGGCUGACCCAAGCCUCCACUUGAACGGAGGCAGCAACACUGGGGAGUCCUUUCCUCUGAGCCUGAGUAAGGAGCUGAAGCAGGAGCCUGUUGAUGACCUUCCAUGCAUGAUCACCGGGGCUGGAGGAUCCAUCUCACAGAGCAACCUCAUGCCCGAUCUCAACCUCAACGAGCAGGAGUGGAAGGAGCUCAUCGAGGAGCUGAACAGGUCGGUGCCUGACGAAGACAUGAAGGACCUGUUCACUGAGGACUUUGAGGAGAAAAAGGACCCAGAGCCUUCUGGUUCUGCCACACAAACCCCCUUGUCCCAAGACAUUAAUAUUAAGACGGAAUUCUCUCCAGCAGCCUUUGAGCAGGAACAGUUAGGCUCUCCACAAGUGGGGGCCGGGCCUGCAGGGCAGAGCUUCCCAGGGCCUUCCUCCGCACCUGUGCGCACGGACAACCCUAGUGCCAGCCUGAUGCCAGCGUCAGCCCAGGCCCAGAGUGCGCAGAGGGCCCUCACAGGCGUUGUGCUGCCUGGCCAGGGCCCGGGGGGCGCCCCCGAGCUGUCCUCUGCCCACCAGCUCCAGCAGAUUGCCGCCAAGCAGAAGCGUGAGCAGAUGCUCCAGAACCCACCGCAGGCCGUCCCAGCCCCCGCCCCAGGCCAGAUGUCCUCCUGGCAGCAGACGGGGCCCUCCCACAGCCCCUUAGAUGUCCCUUAUCCCAUAGAGAAGCCUGCUAGCCCUGCUGGCUACAAGCAGGACUUCCCCAGCUCCCAGCUGCUUAUGAUGCCUGGUGUGAACAAGAGCUCCCCUCGGCCCGGAGCCCCCUUCCUCCAGCCGGGCCAUGUGUCACUGCUGAGUCACCAGCCACAGGGUAACUUGAGUCAGAACUCUGUGAAUAACCAAGGAUCGGUGCUGGACUAUGGCAACACGAAACCCCUUUCCCAUUACAAAGCAGACUGCGGGCAAGGUGGCCCCGGGUCUGGCCAGAGCAAGCCAGCCCUGAUGGCCUAUCUCCCCCAGCAGCUGCCUCAUCUGAAUAAUGAGCAAAAUCCCUUGUUUCUAAUGAAACCAAAGCCAGGAAAUAUGCCCUUCCGAUCACUGGUUCCACCUGGCCAGGAGCAGAGUCCUUCCAGUGUCCCUGUGCCUGCCCAGGCCACCAGUGUUGGGACCCAGUCACCUGCUGUGUCCGUGGCCACCACACACAGCAGCGCCCCAUAUCUCAGCAGUCAGCAGCAGGCAGCUGUCAUGAAGCAGCACCAGCUGCUUUUAGACCAGCAGAAACAGAGGGAGCAGCAGCAGAAGCAUUUACAGCAGCAGCAGCAGCAACAGCAGUUCUUGCAGAGGCAGCAGCAGCAUCUUCUGGCAGAACAGGAGAAGCAGCAAUAUCAGCGCCAUCUGACCCGCCCGCCCCCCCAGUACCAGGACCCAACACAAAGCACCUUCCCACCACAGGUCGGACAGUUCACAGGAUCCGUAUCUGCCGUGUCUGGCAUGAACAACCUGGGUUCAUCCAACUCCAGCUGUCCUCGAGUGUUCCCUCAGCCUGGGAAUCUGAUGCCAAUGGGUCCUGGACACACCUCGGUUUCCUCGAUCCCCUCAAACUCAGGCCCGCAGGACCGAGGUGUGGCCCAGUUCCCCGGCUCCCAGAGCAUGCCUCAGAGCAGUCUGUAUGGCAUGGCAUCUGGCAUGACCCAGAUGGUUGCCCAGCCCCCACCACAAGCUGCCAACGGACACGCCCACAUUUCCCGGCAGACCAGUGCGGGCCAGACUGCCGCAGUUCCAGCUGCCUAUGGACAGAACUCUCUGGGAAGCGCUGGCCUCUCUCAGCAGCACAACAAGGGGACUCUGACCUCUGGCUUAACCAAGCCUCCCAUCCCAAGGGUGUCAGCAGCCAUCGGAGGCCAGAAUGCCUCGUGGCAACAUCAGGGAAUGCCGAACCUGAGCAGCCAGACCCCAGGGAGCAGCAGUGUGAGCCCCUUCACUGCCGCCUCCACUUUCCACAUUCAGCAGGCCCAUCUGAAGAUGUCCAGUCCUCCGUUCUCCCCGGCAAUGCCCAGCAGGCCUCUGGCCCCCAUGAGCUCAGCUGCUGCGGCAGGGUCCAUGCUGCCCCCGGUGAGCACGCAGCAGAGGACCAGCGCCCCUGCCCCUGCGCCUCCCCAGACAGCCCCGCAGCCAGGCUUGCCCGGCCUGAGCCCUGCAGGGCCAGAGCUGGGGCCCUUCAGCCAAAGCCCCGCCUCACAGAUGGGCAGCCGCGCGGGACUGCACUGCACCCAGGCCUACCCUGUUCGAACUGUGGCCCAGGAGCUGCCCUUCUACAGUGGGCAGCCAGGCAGCAGCGGGCUGUCCGGUGUGGCUGGACACACUGACCUGAUCGACUCCCUGCUGAAGAACAGGACUUCAGAGGAGUGGAUAAACGAGUUGGACAACUUUUUAGGGUCUCAGUAAUGGAGGAUUCAUGGUGGUUUAGUAUUCAGACAUCCUCUUGUUUUUGUUCUCAGAUUCAAGAACGAGCAACUACUUGGGACCAAAAUCCCAUGGGCCAGGCAGCUGGGCAGGCAGAACCCAGGCUGCAGCUGAGGCCCGCCAGUCCUGAUCUGGGGGCUCCCAGCCAGCAGGGUUGGUCCAUUGGGCAGGCCUGGUCCGUGUGCUGGCAUCACUGCCUAGUGUUUGCACAGCAGAACAGGGUUCUAAAGGUGGUCUCCUACCGAAAUGACCAAAACCCCAACAAUAGCAACCGUGAAACCCAUGUCAGGCCAUAAACAUCUGUCCCAUCAUGCUGACUCCAGGAUUUCUCCACUUGGCUCAGUGUUGGGGACAGGUUUUUGAAACUUUAAAUAGCAAAUUGUUUGUAAUUUGUAGCAUAGAAAAGUUUUUUGUUUUUUUUUUUUUAAUUUUAAGAUUAGCAUAGGUGAUGGUUUAAAGUGGCAUUGGAAACCCAGGGUUUCCUUCUGAUGAAGAGCCUUUGUAUUCCCGCUCUCUGUUGGCUCUGGGGGAGGAGGGUGGCUGGAAAGUCAUUUCCGUCACCGCAGGCUAUAACUGCAGAUGCCAAAGGGGACAGGAAGCUGUGACCCAGACAAGGCCAUCCCAGCAGCUCCUCCUCUUCUUCCUGAGUGGUGUCCUCAGCUGUCACUCUGUCUUGAACACCCCAGGAUCCCAGGCUGCAGGUAGAGAUCCGGGGGUCUGGUGUUGUCAUGUGUUACGACUCCCCACCUUCUGCAGUUUCUGACAGCUUGUGUUUAACAGGCAGGGCCUUAAGUUGUGCACAUGAAUCUUUCUUCAGCCCCGUCUUCCUUUCCCUGUCUGCCUCCCUUUCUUCCUCUCCAGCCCCAGUGGGAAACAGUGAUGUCCUACAUUGGAGGGUGAAAAGAGUUACUACAAUUCCUUGGGGAACUUGAGCAUUGUAAAGGUUUGGGGAACGAGGCUGCAGGCCGGCCCAGGGGAAGGAAUCCCACUCUGUUCCCUGACUUCUGCCACGUCCACAGCAGAUGACUUGCACUUUUAAAGAUUGCUUUAUAACACUAACACAUCCUUUCUAAAGAUUCCAGUGGAUUCUCUUUGAAGGUCUGUUAGUGAGCUUCACUGAGCUGAGAGCCCACAGAAUAGGGUACACAGCGUGGGCUGCUUGUGGAAAACAAGAUUCAGCACUUGCCCAUUGGAAAGCAAGAUGGGGAGCGCAGGAUGAAACCCUUCAUGCACUCAGGAUGGUGGGGGACAGGAGUCCACUGGAGAAUGGCUGAUGUGGAGCAGUCUGUGGAGAAAAACCGUGACCCCAUCUGUUUCCCUGGAGUCUCAAAAAUGGACCAUUCAUGUAACAUCAUGUCAAGAAUUGAGCCAAGGGAAAUCCGUGACCAGCCUGAGUCACUUUGGUAAUGUUUGCACCAGCAGUGCCUUUUUUGCCGGGGUUACUUGGACCCUCAGAUUUGUCUCAUAGCCAUUGGCCACCGCUGGUGGCACGUAGGCCAUUUCCCCUUUAACCACCCUCACUGCCGUCCCCAGAUCCUCAGUUUAGCUUUCAAAGGGGAGUAUGAAUCAGAAAGCCAUUGAAGACUCUGCCCUCUAGCAAGUUCCCCAAGCUUGGGGACAAGGGUGACUUUAGCGGUUUUUCUACCAAAAACAGGGAGGAAAGCUGGCUCUGGCUCCUUGGUCCUCUCCUGUCUCCCCAGCCACCUCCUGCCUCUCCCCCGGGGCGCUUGCCAGCCCUGCUGUCUGCCUUAGUCCCGGCUGGCCACCCAAACAGUGCGCUUCUCACUUGCUGCAGUGUCAUAGCAAUAAAAUGUGAUUCUUGGGGUCCUCUAGGGAGCUACCCGUGGCCAUAUGUAUGAAUCUGGCUUUGGGGAGUCAGGGGAGGAGAUGACUGCUUCCAUGUACAUCCCCAUCUUCCUCGAGCCACAACUCAGAAGAAAAGGGUGCUUGGACUUUGUUAUACACACGUGCUUUGUGUAAAUAAAUGUUUACAAUUUUAUAUUGAAGAUGGAAUAAGCGUUAGAGCUUCCAACUGUAUAUUUUUUACUUUUAUAGAUUUUAAAACUAUGAUCCUUUAUAUAUCAUUUUCGAGAGCUAUUGAUAAGUUUUAUGGCAAACAUUUAGUAUUGUUAACUUUUUAUGGUCAUCAGACGUACAUAAAAAUCCUAUUAAUCCCUUUAUUCUUCCACUUCCCUUAACUCUGGUAUACACCAAAAAGAAGUCUUUACUUUCCUUGUUUUAUCAUUAUAAAAAUAAUAAAAGUAUUUUGCUAGUAUGGAAA